GGAUGACUUAUGAGGCAAUUGCCAAACGCAGCGCCAUUAAUGACAAUAUUGCUUAUUUAAAACAAAAAUUUCAACAACUCGGAAGAAUAUUUGUUGAACAACAUAAAAAUAGUAAAAAGCUACAACUAACAGAAGAAGAAAUGGAGAGAAGACAUAUGCAACUUAAUACUCUUCUAAGACAAAUUGAAGCUGUACACCGACUAAGCAAAGGGGCGCCUGCUGCCUUUGACUCGGAUAGCCAGCAGCAAUCGGCGGUGCCUUUGAAGGAUUUAAUGUUAAGUCACAGCAGCAGCAGCGGCACAAACAACAUAAACAAAGAAAACAAUUAUAAUUACAACAACAAUAACAACAGCAGCAACGCAGGUACAGGAGGCACUUAUGAACUAACACAAGAAGACGAGGCGGUGCUUAAGAGAUGGGCAGAACGAGACAAAGUUUUCGAUGCUAAGGUUGAAGAAAUAGGGAAAUCAAUUGAUAGAAUAGCUUUGCACGGAUAG